AUUGAUCUAUUAGUUGGCUUAUCAAACCGUAUGUUCGCAAUUCGCUUUAUGUGCGAUUUUUUUAUAUUUGAAACGCAAGAUAGGCUUAGUCGCGACAACUUCGAAACAUAAAGUAACUUAGAUAUCAGUGAAAUGGCCAAUGUCCAGUCUAUUUGGAAAAAGAUGGAUACCAGACGGCGCCAGCUGGUGGAGGCGGCCGAGAAGCGACGACAGGAGGAGGCCUCCCGCGGAGUCAAGGACCCUGAGAAGGUGAAGCGCAUGCAGCAGCGGUCUGAAGAGAUGGAGAGGCGAGAGGCUGAACUGGCUAAAGAGGGAGGAUCCAACCUCAAGUGGACGACAGGGUGAGGUCCGGAGCAAGGCGGAAGCAGUCAGAGCAGUCAGCCCGACCCGUCCGCACCCACUUCCAAAGAAGAGAAAUACCGAUACAAGAACUAAGGUCCCGUUGUAUGUUACAUUAUAUCUCUUUAUGGAGUAAAGAUAAGUGUGAUGUUGCUAAUUUAUUUUAGUCUUGAUAGAUUUACAAAAUGACAUUAUAAUAAAGUUAGUUUUUUGCACUUUAAUGAAUAACCUGCACGAACAAUGGUUUUAAAUAUCAUAUUAAAUGAAGUUUUGAUUCCAAUUUACACAAAAAUGUUAUUGUAUCUUGAUGUCGUUUAUAUCAUUGAAUAUAGGUAUUAUUGUAUUAUUUUGAAAUGUAUAGUUGAUUUUUGUUAAAGUUUUAAUUGACCGAAACAUGAUUUAAUUCAAUACACAUUCAGUAUUUUCAUCUUACCAGUCUCUUAUCAUAAUAAAAGUCAAAACAUUUAUUUGCUAAAAUACAGUCAGGUGGAUCUUAAAUACAUUUUUACGAACAGUGUAUUCAGCCUGCUAUUGGGCAUGCAAAUAUUGUACAAAAAUUAUCUUAACCUAAGCAUGCAGCAUGCAUGAAUUACAUUACAGUAAAUUUAAUAGAGAUAUGGCUUAUAUUCUAAAUAUUCUUUAAUUGAGUAAAAUGCGUUUUUUAUUAAAAAGUCUAAUAAGUAUAUCUCAAAUUGAGGCAUGUCGAUUCUAUUAUUUUGUCAGGUAACUUAUUAUACAAUGUAUUCGCCAUGCCAAAUACACUUCACGCAGGGCUGUGUCUGACUUUGUGCACGUAAUUUUGUGUCGUUGACGAAUACUUAAAGCUUAAAGCCAGUGAAUUUAUGUUUAUUUAACUUUACAUACAUAAUAACUUCAAAUAUAUAUAGACAGGGAAAUGUUAAAAUUUUCAGGUCAAUAUAGAAACGUUUGCAAUCAUCAUAAUAAUAAUACAUUUUCAAUAACAAAUUUUAUGACAGAGUGUACAAUAUCAAAGAAUAAUUCUUGUAUGAUUUUGCCCAUUAAAAGCUUGCUUCCCUAACAAACCAUAGUCACCUCCAUACACCUGACCAUAGAAAUCUGCCGACUUCAGUUAAGAGGCUGUCAAUACCUAAAGCGCGCACACUGUCUAUUUGUAUCGGAGUAAAUGAGAUAGCACUGUCGCAUGUUACUGGGCCUGGGCAAGGGAAUAAUAAGAAAAAUAUUUAAAUAAAAAAAAGUGGAUUAUUAGUGUAAUAUUUUACUCAACAGCGGUUUAGAUAUAAAUGUUUUGAAAUUGUGAUUUUAAUUGCAGACCCAUAAGUCAAAACAAUAAAGACAUAAAACCGUUUAAUUGUGAUUUUAAGACCAAUCUUUGCAAUUAUUUUCUAUCGAGCCGAUUUCGUUCAAUCAUGUAUCGAGUACAACCACGGUCUUCGAAAUAUAAUUAAUAUGAACAUGUAUUUUUCUUACUUGACUGAAACAAAAAGUCUUUCUUAAAAAACUGUUUAAGUAACAUCAAUUUCAAGGACAUUGGGUGUUGACAGCCUCUUAAGGCUAAGGGCCUACGCUAGCUGACGCGGACGCCCGCACGCACGCGGGUGCUAUUUGUGGGUGAAAUCCGCCGCACGCGUCCGCUUCAGUUAGCGUCGCUCAUACUAUUUUUCGUAAGCCCACUCCGUGCACUCGCGCCAGCUAGCAGAGGCCCUAACUUGGGUCGCACAUCAGCCGUAUAUUCAUGCUUGUACUUUAUUGCAUGAAAAUAAGGACACAAUUGGAUCAAUUUUCAAAAUCCUUUGCCUUUGGCAAGUUUCCAAAAUUGCAAAAUUUCUUAUUGAUUUUUUUUUGAAACUAUACAGUGUGUCCCUAGCCAUUGGACAAAGCCGAAAUGUACAUAUGCAUUAGGUUAUUUAGAACCAGUGUACAAAGUAUCAUAACAACCGUUGUAGCGGUUUCGAAGAAAUUAACAAAUUACCAUUUUUUACUUUGGAGCAGCCUGUAUGUGUUAGUAGCUCCUAAGGUAAUAUCUUCAAAGAAUAGUAUGGAACCUUCUUCGACAUUUUUGAUUAUCUUUUUUAUUUAUGACACUAAUAAGCUUCUGACUUUUGAAAAAUGUCAUCAUUAUCAAAUAUUUCGAACAAAUUGUCAAAAACAUUGCCAAAGAUUAACACAGUGUGUUUCUUUUUGUUAUCGAUUAUUGCAAAUAACUUUUGUUCGAAAAAAAUAUUUUUAUAUCUUUUGUUCUAAUUAAAAAAUAUUAACGUCAGAGCAUUCCUGAGAAGUAACCCUACGUGGGAAUUCAGGGUUUGUCCAAUGGCUAAGGUGACCCUGUAUAUAUUUUUGUAUCGAAUCCAAAUGUUCUAUUCCCAAAAUGAAAGUUUCCAUUGACUCCUGGAAAAUUUUCCUGAAAUUUCCGAGUUUUUCCAAAUUUCCGUAACUUGCACACCUGUAGGUACACACGGUUGUUAUAGUUCGUGCCAUGCACGAUGACGCGCAGAUUUGUCCAAUUUAACCUAUAAUAAACAUGGCAAUACAAGUCAAGGCAUGCGUCUUCGUGAAUGACGCGAUCUAUAUACGUAUUUAGUGUGCUAAAAAUGAGAAAUUUGCAUAGUUUUGGCUAUUUACAAUUAUUGCAGCGUGUUUGUUAAGUGUUUUUUUGCAUGUAGCAGUAUUGUGUAGUGUGUUGUUAUUUGUAAAGAAAGAUUGUAUUUAAAUGUGCUAUUAAAUUAUCUUUGUAUAUCUUUGUACAUGAAUGUAUUUUUGUAACCAUUAUAAUAAAUGUUAUGUUAUGAAA